CACCCUCCAGCUCAUGGGCAGGCAGGGCUGCCUGUGGAGUGGGGGGUGUUGGGUGGAGAGUUUGGGCAGCAGGAGGGGGGCAGAAUCGGAGACAAUCCCCCAAGUGGCCGGGAUGCGGGUCCCCCAUGGUUCUCACUAGGUCUCACCAGUACAGCCAUGCUGGGAAGGGGUUAACACCGGCGCAAGAUCCCACUCUGGCCCCGCUCCCUUCCUAUGUAGCAGCCUGUCCCCUCCUGGCUUUUCCUCCUUCCUGAACAGUGUGACGGUAUGUGGGUGUGAGGGGCAGGGGCUCGGCUGGGCUGCGGGGUCUCCAGAUGCUGGGAAGCGCAGCACCCCAGUGCCUGGGGAACAUGGGCACCCUGCCGCGGAGGGUCCCGCUCGGCACCAGGACCAGGUGGCAGCCCGUGUCCAGUACCAUCCAACGUCUCCAAGAAGGCACCAUGGAGGCAUCUGGCAGGACCCCCACCAGCCCAAUCCACAGAGUCCAGACUGUCAUCCAGAACAGCCCCCUGGACCUGAUCGACACGGGCAAGGGGCUUAAAGUGCAGACAGAGAAGCCGCAUUUGGUGAGCCUGGGCAGCGGCCGGCUCAGCACUGCCAUCACACUCCUGCCCCUGGAGGAAGGGAGGACCACCAUUGGCACGGCUGCGACAGACAUCGUCCUGCAGGGCCCCGGGCUGGCGCCCCAGCACUGCUACAUCGAGAACGUGCGAGGGACACUCACCCUGCAUCCCUGUGGCAACGCCUGUGCCAUCGACGGUGUGCCACUCCAGCGGCCCAUGCACCUCACCCAAGGGUGCACCAUCUGCCUGGGCCAGGCCACCUUCCUCCGCUUCAACCACCCUGCUGAGGCCAAGUGGAUUAAGAGCAUGAUCCCAGCGGGGGGCAGAAGCCCAGCAGCUGUCUAUGGGCUACCAGCAAAAUCCGAGGCCCAGGUGAAUGGUGGCCACCAGCUGUCAGAACGUGGGUGUCACAGCCACAGCUCCCUUGUCAGCUCCAUCGAGAAGGAUCUGCAGGACAUCAUGGACUCGCUGGUGCUGGAGGAGUCGGCAUCCCCUGGCAUCCAGAAGCCACCUGCCUGCAGCCGAUCCCCCCUCUCCCCUGUGGUGAAUGGGGGUGGGCGCUGCCUCCUGUCCCCUCCACCCAGCCCUGGGGCCGCCUCAGGGGGCUCCAGCUAUGAGAACUUCUCUCCCCUCUCCUCCCCGGCCAGCAGCGGCAGCUACACCAGCCCCUCACUCAGCAGCCAAGAGCAGGGCCCAGCCGUGCCCCCCCUCGUCCCACUUCGCUCCUCCAGUUACAACCACACUGUGCAGCCACCCACUCUGCCUGGUGGGGGUUCCAGUGAGCCUUGGCCAGCUGAGAGGCUCGGGGACCACCGUGGGGGCAGCCCUUGGCUAACACCCAGGGUGGCGCCGCGGCCACGGGUGGCCCUGCAGGAGCGGCCCCCCAGUCCCUUCCGGGAGCCACGGGACUCUCUGGCACCCAGCCGGCAGCCCACCAGCAGGGCAGUCCCAGAGGCCCGGUUGCAGCCACCCGAGAGCCCACGGGUGGCCCGGAGGAACAUUGAGAGCAUGCGGGAGCUGCCUCCCCUGAGCCCCUCCUUGUCACGCCGGGCUGCCAGCCCUCGGGCAGCCCCUGACACCCCCUCCCCACAGCCCCGGCUGGGCAGGGAAGUGCCUGGCAGUCCUCGUGCCAGGCUCAAGGGCCCAGAGGAGUCGAAAGGUGCUGGGGGCCCCUCACCCCCACUGCUGGCAGAGAGCCCCGCACGCCGUCCCAGUUUCAGUAGUUGCCUGAGCCCAACAUAUGGGCUGGGCUCCCCAGCUGUGCCCUCGCCCCAGCAGAGCCCCCGCACCCCCAGGAAGCCUUUGGGGAACCCACGGCUGCCAGCAGGAUCACGGGAGCGCAAGAAUAGCAUCACUGAGAUCAGUGACAAUGAGGACGAACUGCUGGAGUACCAUCGGCGGCAGCGGCAGGAGCGGGUUCGGGAGCAGGAGAUGGAGCGCCUGGAGCGGCAGCGCCUGGAGACCAUCCUGAACCUCUGUGCUGAGUACACCAAGACAGAUGGCACUGAGCCAGGUGACGUGCACAGGCUCCUGGCUGGUGACACAGAUGCUGGCCGGUGGGUGCCCAGGGGUGCCAUGGCUCUGGGCCAUGCUGUCGAAGAGCUGCAGCAGAGGGAGAUCCUGGAGAGGUCGGAUGAGGAGAACCUGAAGGAGGAGUGCAGCAGCACUGAGAGUACCCACCACGAGGUGAGGGGCCAGCUGUGCCAUUCUGUACCAUGCCGUGCUGUGCUGUGCCAUGCCAAUUGGCCCUCUCCACAGCACGAGAAGCUGACGGGCCCCCGGGCCAAGGAGGCGCAGCGGCUGGAGGAGGAGCGCGCCAGCGUCCUCGGACGCCUGGACCAGCUGAAGGGCCGUGUCAAGGAGCUGGAGCAGCAGCUGCAGGAGACGUCACGAGAGGCAGAGAUGGAGCGGGCACUGCUGCAGGGUGAGCGGGAAUCAGAGGUGUUGCGGCUGCGGCAGGAGCAGGAAGCAGUGCAGCAGCUGCAGGAGAAGCUCUCCAGCCUGGACGCCAGCAUCCGCAAGGAGCGGGACAAGGAAAGGGCAAAGGUUGAUGCUGAAAGGAAGGAGCUAGAGCAACUCCGGGCACUUUACCAUGAGUCGAAGAGCCACCUUGAUAAGUGCCCCGAGUCAAUGCGGGAGCAAUUGCGGGAGCAGAUGCGAAGGGAGGCAGAGGCACUGGAGACGGAGGCCAAGCUGUUUGAGGAUCUGGAGUUCCAGCAGCUGGAGCGGGAGAGCCACCUCGAAGAGGAGCACGAGGCACGAGGCCAGCAGCUCCUGCAGAGCCGGGCUGAGUGCCACCGUAGCAUUGCCCGCAGGAAGGAGAGAGUGGCUGCCCUGGAUGCCCAGGCUGCCCAGAUUCGGCUUCAGAGUGCCCAGGAGGCCGAGCGCCUGGCCAGGGAGCGGAGCAGCAUCCUGCAGCUCCUGCAGAAGGAGAAGGAGAAGCUCGUGUCUCUGGAGAGGCGAUAUCAGCUCGUCACAGGUGGCAGGAGCUUCCCCAGAAUGUCCUCGGCUCUCCGAGAGGAGACCCUCCACACCUCAGAAACUUAUGAGCUGUUGGAGGGAACUAAGCCCCUGAGCCCCCUGCCAACAGCAGCUGCCUCCUUAGCUUCUCCUGCCACCUGCUCCUACCCCAAGGCACAAGAGGAGUACAUGAGGCUGUCUGACGUUUUCAGGUUCUGCAGUAAUGCACAUGGCCCCAGCCUGGACACUAAAGCUUCUGCUGCUGCCCCCGCUGCCACUCAGCGCUCUUUCUUGCUUGCUGUACCUCCCACAGCCGAUGAGUAUGUGACCAUUGAGCAACUCUCGGGUAUCCUGGGCAGCCUCCACACCCCUGCUGCUUCCCUGCUGGGCUGUACCCCUCCGGCUCCUUCAUCCUCAGGCAGUGCUCCUCCUCUUCCAUCUCUCCCUUCUCCCUUCGUCUCUGCAGAGAUGGAGCAGCAGCUGUUGGGAGGCCCUGUGUGUCUCCCGGCUCUUGAUUUAGAGAAGUGGUACCAGGAGGUUAUGGCUGGCUUUGAGACCUCCUCUUCCUCUGUCUCUCCUUCUUCUUCCCCUCCUCCACUUCCAGCUAAAGCUCACUCCUCUCACAAGGCUCUCCAGGUCUACCGCGCAAAAACAGAGGGUGGUGCUGGUGUCCUCACCCCUCGGAUGAAGAGUGGGACCCCCUCGUCCUCACAGCUCAACCUCUCCAUGCUGGAGUGUAGCCCCUCACCCAAGGGCCCCCCAAGCCCGGCGGGCAGCCUGUCCCGCAACCUGGUGGCCACGCUGCAGGACAUCGAGACCAAGCGCCAGCUGGCCCUGCAGCAGAAGGCUGAGCUGCUCCCAGCAGAGCCCUUGCAGCCAGGCGAUCCACCAGGUCAGCAGGUGAUUGAGGAGCAGAAACGGAGGCUUGCAGAGCUGAAGCAGAAAGCAGCUGCUGAGGCACAGUCCCAGUGGGAAGCCCUGCAUGGGCAGCCUCCCUUCCCCACUGCCUUCCCCCGGCUCGUGCACCACUCCAUCCUCCACCACCACCGGCCCCAUGGUGCCGGGCCCCGGGCUGAGGAGCUGGACCACGCAUACGACACACUCAGCCUGGAGAGCUCAGACAGCAUGGAGACCAGCAUCUCCCUCGGCAACAACUCUGCAUGCUCCCCUGACAACAUCUCCAGUGCCAGCGGGAUGGAGACAGGGAAGAUUGAGGAGAUGGAGAAGAUGCUGAAGGAGGCACACGAGGAGAAGUCGCGGUUGAUGGAAUCCCGGGAGAGGGAAAUGGAGCUGCGUCAACAGGCGCUGGAGGAUGAGCGCUGGCGCCGGGAGCAGCUCGAACGCCGACUGCAGGACGAGACUGUGCGCCGGCAGAAGCUGGUGGAGAAGGAGGUCAAACUGCGGGAGAAGCACUUCUCACAGGCUCGUCCCCUGACACGAUACCUCCCCAUCCGCAAGGAGGAUUUCAACCUGCGGCUGCACAUCGAGUCGUCAGGCCACAACAUUGACACCUGCUACCACGUCAUCCUGACAGAGAAGAUGUGCAAGGGCUACCUGGUCAAAAUGGGCGGGAAGAUCAAAUCUUGGAAGAAGCGUUGGUUUGUCUUUGACCGCAUGAAGCGCACCCUCUCAUACUACGUGGAUAAACAUGAGACGAAGCUGAAGGGUGUUAUCUACUUUCAAGCCAUUGAAGAGGUUUACUAUGACCACCUCCGCAGUGCUGCAAAGAGCCCCAACCCUGCGCUCACUUUCUGUGUCAAGACCCACGACCGACUCUACUACAUGGUGGCACCCUCAGCCGAGGCCAUGCGCAUCUGGAUGGAUGUCAUUGUCACUGGGGCAGAGGGCUAUACCCAGUUCAUGAACUGAGGAGGGAUGCUGCGCACCCCAGAUCCACCAGCUGGACGGACUUCUGAGCAUCCCAAGCAGCAAGGAGCUCCUGAGGGGACCAUGGUCCCUGCUGCGCCUCACGCCACAGGCUGUGCACACCACGUUUGUGGACCUGCAUUGGGCCCAGCUGGGCGGUACUGAAUGUUGCCUGUUCGGGCAAGGGAAUAAGUUUUUUUAUGUUGACUUUUUAAAAACAAACUUUAUUGGAACAAUAUCAAAGUGCUGAAAUGUAAAAAGCUGCCAAAGA